AUGGCCUGUGAAAAGUUGAGCCCAACAGAUCACGCUACUAAAAAUCCGAUGGCGACCGAAGGGCUUCAAAAUCCAAGGAUAGAAAUAAGUGUACCUAAUGCCACUCUUGCGGCUAACAUAUCUUAUUUGUGUGCAAAACCAAAUGUGCCAUUUAAAAAAUCUCAAAAUAAGAUUAAAAGUGAUUCCGCAAAAUGUAGUAAUAAGAAAACAAUUGAAUUCAUCAAUCUAUUCUCUCAACCGGAAUACAAUUCAACUGUUCAACUCAUUAAAAAAUUCGACGAAAUAAAUGAAAAAAAACCGGUGACUACUUCUGAAAAUUCACAAGCAUGCAAGUCUCUUAUUAAUGAAAAGAUUUCAGCUGCUCUAGAGUUUUUACCGACUGAAUCUGUGUACAAAAACUUGAUAAGCCUUUCAAACUAUGAGAAUGAUAAUUUUCCAGUAAAAAUUAUGCGAAGCAAGGAUCCUGAAUCACGAAAUAAGGACAUUAUACCUCAUUUAGAAAACUUUUAUGUACUAAAAUUUAGUGAGGAACGAUUCCUGGUUUCCAGUCCAAUAGGACAUGGAUUAUUAAGUUAA